AUGGUAGAUGCCAGUUGUCAUUCCUUCGAGGAAGCCUCUCCAGCAGAAAAUCCCAGGACUCCUUCAUUUGUUCCCCAUUCUCCAUUCUCUAGCGAGAGUGGAUCUAUUCGAAUUACUGAUUUUGCAACUGUCAAUUUGCCAUUCUUUGAGUCUCCUGUUCCAAAGUCCAGAGCCAAACCCUACAUUGCUCACUCAAAAGACAACCGAGGUUCCUCUCCAGAAAGAUGGCGAUAUCGAUUGAGAGCCGUUACUGGCCCACCAGCAGGCAGAAGCCCUAUUCUUAGGAUCGUCUCCCCUGAUCGAUUCAUCCCAAGACGGGACUUUACCGAGCCAAAGUCGGCAACCUUUCGUGUAGCCAAACCCUCACAGCAACUUUCGCCGCGGGAAAGACUAUUCCGCCGAAUUCCACCUGGAUAUGACCCAUUCCUACCAGCAAACUUAUCCAGGACCUCUCCUGGUGUCCAGCCCAUUGGCUUUCAGCGGAUCCCAAGUCGUACACCGCAUUUGGUCACUGAUUUCAACAACUUCUCGCAUGAGAGCUCGGUACAAAACAGUCUCUCUACAAUUUGGAAUCUCAGUGGAGCUUCUGAAUCACGGGGUGUUGUCCCCAUUAUGCCUUAUAGUGGCUCGCCAAGUGCUCCGGGUAAUCGAAGAACUGCUCCAAACUUUGUGGCUCGCUUCUUACCCAAAAACUCAAAAUACAACGAGGAUGUCAUCCAUGAGUCGAGACUUGCGCUUGCUCUAGGUAUUGACCUAACAAAUAGAUUGCUCGAGAAUUCUAUACCAUGUCCUGAUGCUCCUCUCGAUCCCACAUCCCCGGAUUUCGAGCGCCUUUCGCCAUUCGUCUGGAAAGACAGUGCAUGGAAAAAGGUCGAAAGAGAGCAUUGGCCCAAGCCUCGCGCCAAAAUGGAACCUGUCCCAUCGAAGCCAUUUCGGAUUCUGGAUGCCCCUUUCCUGAAGGAUGAUUUCUACUGCAGUACACUUGCAUAUUCGCCUAUAUCUGGAAUAUUGGCAGUUGGCCUCUGUCAUCAAGUAUACCUCUGGUCUGAAAGCCGUGGGGUGGAUUCUCCGCCGUUCGGGGAUGUGCACCCAUCAAAUUAUGUGACUUCAUUGUCAUUCUCGUCUGAGGAUGGAGAGAGAAGUAUACUUGCAGUGGCCCGUCGGUCUGGUCAAUUAACGCUGUGGAGCACAUUCGAGCAGCAGGUCCGAUUCGAGAUCAGCCAUCCCAAUAGCAUCACCUGCGUGGCAUGGAAGCCCAAGACAUCCCGACGAUUUUCUGAAAGAUUGACUCACGUUGAAGUGGACGUUGAAGAACUUGUCGCAGGUGAUGAACUUGGAACCAUUUGGUACUACUCGGUCGAGUGGAGUAGCGAUGAAGAUCGAGCAGAAUGGAAAUGGAAUGGAUCCAUGACGCUGCUUGCCAAAAUCUGCGCACACACUGAGCAAAUUUGUGGACUGACAUGGUCGCCUGAUUUGAAGUAUCUUGCUACAGGGGGAAACGACAACGCUUGUCUUCUGUUCGAUAUGGGCAAGAUCGUUCCCCCGCAGUCGACAAUCCCGCCCAUCACGGUAGAUUUCCCAACGAGUUUCAGCCUAGGGGCGUUCCCCUACCACGCUCUAGGUACUGUGACCAGACGACUGUUUCAACGGCGACCCGGCGCAGGACGAAAUCUCCCAUCAUGGGUUGGUCGCCCUUCAAUUACACCGUCUUUGAUCCCACUCCUAAGUCACGCGGGAACCCUGAUUUCCGGCGGUGGGCGAACGAUUCUAGUUCCAUUCGGGCGUCAAAAGUACCGCCUGUACCACUCCGCAGCAGUGAAAGCAAUUGCAUUCGCACCAUGGCAAUCGUCUCUCCUUGCCACUGGAGGUGGCUCCAAUGACCGAGCCAUCCACUUCUUUCAUACGCGCACCGGCGCAUGCCUCGCAACCAUCAAUGUGUUUGCCCAGGUGACCAGCCUGAUUUGGAGUCAGACCCGGCGUGAGAUCGUAGCUACUUUUGGCUACGCACAGCCGGACCAUCCAUUCCGCAUUGCUGUAUUUGCUUGGCCUAGUUGCGCCCAGAUUGCUGUUGUCCCUUGGGGGCCAUACGGGGCUAGUUGGGAUGGCACAGAUACUCACACCAACUUCGACUGCGGACGAGCUCUGUGUGCAAUAAGGUAUCCGGGAAAACUCCAUCGCUCUUUGGUCUCUACCUCUCACAAACCGGAACCGGAACAGUCCCGUGAAUCUUCGAUUCGGACGCGUGCGAGGGCUAGGACUUCGCCGGAACGUGGAACUGGCACCGUGCGAAGAGUCCGUCCAAAGAUGUCAAAACCCAAGGAGAAAGAGGGCGGGAUGUGGUGUGCCAGAACUGUGGAAGAGGGUUGCAUCAUUGUUGCCUCGAGCGAUCAGACUGUGAAAUUCCAUGAGGUGUGGACAGGGCGAAGGACAAGUACCGGGUCUGCCUGUGGACUUUUGGGUGGCAGCGACAUCCUUGAGGGGCUGGAAGGUAUUGAGAAGUGCGGUGGUGAAGUCAUUCGCUGA